UGAGCGGGACCAAGUCGGUUUCGUUCCGCUAUAAAGCCCGCGCCGUGCUCCGAGUGCGACCCGUUUCUUCCAGAUCGGCCCAACCAAGACCCAAAAUUUUGGAUUCCCUCCUCCACUCCACCUCUCCGCUCGCUCUCCACGGGAUCAACCAACCAAACCAACCGCUGGUCGCGUUGCCGUAGCCGGCCAUGGCCUUGGCCACCUCGUCGGCGUCGCUGGCGGAGAUCGGGAUUGGGCUCGGGCUCGGGGGGCUAUUCACGGAGGCGGAGCUGGCGGCGGCGGACCAGCUCGUGCAGCUCAGCGGCGGCGGAGGGGACGAGGCGCCGUCGUCAUCGUCGCCGCGGUCGGUGAACACGUGCACGGGCACCGCGGCGUGGGAGGGGGAAGGGAAGACGGCAAUCGGUGGCCUGGGCGUGGAGCUGGACAGGAGGGCGAGGAAGCGGUGCCGGCUGCUGUCAGAGCUCUACGCCGCCACGAGGCCGAUGGCCGGCGCGGCCGCCAGCACCAGGAAGAGGAAGCGGCACGGCGAACCGGAGGCGGAGGCGCCGAUGAUGAUGAGGUAUGGAGAUCAGUGCUACUAGAGAUAGUGGAAGAUGCAGCGGGUGGAGAGAUAUGGGAGGGAAGGGCUUUUGCGUAAUUACCUAGAAAUGCAGGGGGGAUAAGCGGAAGAAAGACGACAAGAAAGUAAAGCUUGUACAGGAAGUUGGUAAUGGUGCUACUAGAUUUUGAAUUUGAUUUUGAAUUUGCAUCCGAACUGGACCAGCAAGAUAUUUCCAGUUUCCAGAUCUUGAAAUGGACUACUCCAUUUGUCCUGCCCUGUGACCUUGA